AGGUACAUGGAAAACAACGAUGAGGUCGAGCUUUCAGCACUCGGCAUGGGUAAUUUCUUAUUACUUCCUCUGAAUUCUUGUGUUCUUCUUCUGCCCUGCAUGGCUAUGUGUCGAUUUGGUUUGUAUUUUGAUGGGGUUAUUAACAACAUUGGGUAG